AUGGGAGCCGCGGCGGCGGCGUGCAAAAUGGCGGCGCCCACGCGACCCAGAUCCAAGAUGGCGCCGCCCACGGGUGGAAGGAGGAGCCCGGUUCCCAAGAUGGCCGCCCUCCUAGCUCCGAGCUGCUGGCGAGCCGGCUCCAAGAUGGCCGCCCUCAGAAGCGUCCGGCUGGCCCUGGGAGGCGUCCGGUUUUACAACGCUCGGCCGCUGAGGCGGCGGCUCGGAGGGGUUUACCGGCCGGAUCCCGAGAACCCUCGCACGCCGCCCUGGCAGCUGACGGCCGCCUACGAAGCGAAGGUGUACGGGCGCCACGGAUCAGCCUCCGGGGUCGACCCGGCCGGACUCUGGCCCAGCCCGGAGAAGCUCCGGGAGAUGGAGGCCGAGGAGAAGGCCUGGUACCCGUCUCUGAGGGAGAUGCAGGAGCGGCUGGACGCCAAGGAGCAGAGAGCCGAAGCCAAGCGGCGGGCGAGGUGAGAGGGGCUGCGGCCAAGGGCGCCCUGCUCCCCCCGGGUGGGGUCGGAUAAUAUGGAUAAUAUCGCUUAAGCCUUAAGGGAUGGAAAUAGUUCUAUCAACGAUUGGUUUAAUUGAUUCAUGCGACUUUUUAAAAAUAAUCUUUAUUGCAUAUUAAACAUUUUCAAACAUAUAUUAAACAUUACAUCCAAAGCUUCAAAACUAAAAAGAAAAAAUACAGAAAGAGUAAAAAUAUGAAAAAAGAAAAAAGAAAUUGAUCAAGUACGCAAAGUUAUUCAAAGGAUACAAACGGAAAUUUGAUUACAGUAUUCUAUACUCCCAAGUUUCCAGAAAGAAAUUACAUUUAUACUCCAUCUUUUCUUUCUUUCUUUCUUUCUUUCUUUCUUUCUUUCUUUCUUUCUUUGCAGUCACUUUCUGCAAAGACGUGAUUCAUGCGACUUAUGCCAGGGUGUUUUUGCUUGUUUGUUCUUUUUUAUUACGUUAUUGUUCUUUUUCUAUAAUUUUUAUUAAAUUUUCUGUUUUACAUUUCAGAAUGUUCAUUUAAACAACCUUAAAAUAUCACUGACUUCCCUUCCUCUCUUUCCAUGGUUCAUUUUACAAAACACAAAUCCCUGCAUAUUUUAUAUAAACUAAACCAUUCGGUAUUCCAUUAUUAACAUCUAUCAACACUUAUUUAUGCUGCUGAAUUUAUCUUAAGGCUGCCCACGUUUUCAAAUAAACACAGCUUUCCUCCAUAUAUCCUGUUACGUUAUUGCUCUUUGUUGCUUUGUAAAAGCCGCUUUGGGAUUCAUUUGGGUGAAAAGCGGCGUGGAAAUGGAAUAAAUCAAAACCAGCAAGCCGCCUGCGAGGGUUGGACUAGAUGACCCUUGGGGUCCCCUCCCAAGUCUGCAAUUAUAGGAUUCUGUGAAACUUUGGCAGGAUAGCAAUAGAACAAGUAGAUGUGUUUGUAUUUUCACAUAUGAGAGAGUAGGAGGGAGAAGAUGGGUCAUAUAGGACAGCUUGUAUUAUAUAUCCCGUCACCAGAAUUGGUGAAACCGUGAGAGAGGGCAGUGCAAAAAAAUGCAAAAGUACAGGUGACAGCACACAUACUACAAAAACUAUUGUAUAUAUACAAUAGAGGGAAAGGAGAAGGAGAGAGCUUCACAAUUUUUAUCAUACUUAGGGUUGCCAUAUUCCCCAAAGUGAAAAUCAGGACAAAAUUGUUGAGCUUGCUUUGGGGGGGGGGCAUCAAAGUUUUCAAAGUUGGGUGCCAUUUCACUGACUGAAAAUCCAGACAUAUGGCAGCCCAAUUGUGUAUUAUCUUCUUCCAAAAAGAUUGCAGGAAGCUGGGUAUAUUAGCGCUAUCGCUAAAGUAUCCUCCAGGUUAGUAAAGCUGACGCAAAUGGAAGUUAGCCCAGGAGGUUGUCUCAAACUUAUGUGGCUAGACUAGAGAGCAAUAGGUAAGAUUUGAUAUUGUAACACGCAUGGGAAUAAUAUGAAAUGUGCCUUCUAAGAACCGGUUGUUGUAGGUAAGAAGAGGAACAGUAUAUCCUUAUUUACACAGGGCACCGCUGCUUACCUUUCUGCAAGGUGUCUUGGCAGUCAGUAAACAAAAAUGUCCUUUUGGAAAGACAUGAAUUGUACUCUCAGGAUAUGGGUCUCUGUGGUUUCUCGCAAUGAUAGACAACAGGAAAUCUGAUGUGGAAGGUACCACCCAGACCACCUUUUAACUGCAAGGUGACACCAGCCUUCUGCCUGCCUGCUCCCAGUCCAGACCACACUGUGUCAAAAGCGGAGACAAAGGGCAUUGCAAAAGACAAGACUCUCAAAGUAUGCUGGGCCAGAUAUAUUGUUGGUGUAGCCUUCAGCUGGUGGUAAUUUUCCUUUCUGAAUUCAAUUCUGAGGACAUUUAGAAGGAAAAGAUUGAUUUCCCCCCCUCGGUUGUUUCCCUAAUUAUGCAGGUGACUUGUAGGCAGGCUUCAACAACUACACUUGCCCUAGCAAAUAUGGCAUGGUCGCCUCUUGAGCGCUGAGCAACAAGCCUUCCUCCCAACUUUGGGAUCAUCCUGGCAGCUUCAUGGCAAGUCCUAUCCCUUACUAAAGUUGAAAGGGAGGCUGGGGGUGCUAGGCCCUUGCAGCACCUUGGUCCUAUAAGGGUUAACCCAACAAGCUUGGGUUUUCAGCUUAGUGGCAAGAGCUUCUGUGGCCACACUCUGAGCUUGGCAUAGCAGCUCUGACACCAUAGCUGACUGAAGUCAGAAUACUCCCUGCCAGUCUGCAUGAAGGGUAGAGGGAGCUUCCUUUGCUGUUGGGUAAAGGUAAAGGGACCCCUGACCAUUAGGUCCAGUCGUGACCGACUCUGGGGUUGCGGCGCUCAUCUCACUUUAUUGGCCGAGGGAGCCGGCGUACAGCUUCUGGGUCAUGUGGCCAGCAUGACUAAGCCGCUUUUGGCGAACCAGAGCAGCGCAUGGAAACGCCGUUUACCUUCCUGCUGGAGCAGCACCUAUUUAUCUACGGUACUUGCACUUCGUGCUUUCGAACUGCUAGGUUGGCAGGAGCAGGGACCAAGCAAUGGGAGCUCACCCCGUCACAGGGAUUCGAACCCCCGACCUUCUGAUCGGCAAGUCCUAGGCUCUGGUUUAACCCACAGCACCACCCGCGUCCCUUUGCUGUUGGGUAGAGGCACUUUUUUCCAUCAAGCCAGCAGAGGGGAAGUCUCUGAUGACCACAGUUUUUGUCUUCGCUUGCAACGCUGGCCAAAAAUUGUAGACCCUUGUUUUUAGGCUGGUUCCACAUUUUCACUCACUGUGAUCAGUAUGCUGCUGCCCUCUGGUGAGCAUUGUGAGUCUUAGCUGCUGCUACCUUGACCUUGGGGAAGGAGGUGGGAAUUGUCCUCACAGUGGCCGCAAGAUGAUCUCCUCUACUCCAAGGCUGAGGUCCUUUGGGCGCUGAAUUGCCAAUCCACUUGGGGCAUCUGGCCAAUGCAGGUUGAAACAGAGAACAACUUACGUACCUUCCUUUCCAUUGGAGGCCUGAGGCCAAGGAACAUCAUCUUGGUGAUUACCAGGGCCAGUCAAAAUUAAGGACAUCUGCUGGCGUAAUUCUCUCCUCCAAAGGCAAACCUUUGGACCCAUUUGGGAUGGGAAUUGGAGGCUGUAUUUCAGUGGUUCUGUUCCAGCAGGUGGACUGGUUCCAUAACAUGCUGGGGAACUGUUGCUCUUCCAUGGCACUGGUAGUAUGAAGUUCUGCCAGGGUUUAUAUCUCACCCUCCCCCAAAUUUGUGUUAUGCUUCUGAGCGAGGAUUUAGGACUGGCUGUCAUCCUUUUGACUGAAUCAGGUAGAAUAGCGGAAGUUCUGAAUAAGUAUCUAAUGUCAGUGGGUAAGGGCUAAAAAUUGACUCACAAUCCAGGUAAAUUAGAAGUCCCUUUGGUAGGUGGCUUGUCUGAACAGGGAGGUAACAGUCAACCUGUUCCACUCUUGGUUAAGGGCCAGUUUGCCCCAUGGAGCGCUGUUGUAUAUGGUGCUCACACUAAAUGCACAGGUGGCACAUGCGACGUAAUGCACGUUCACCUGGCACCACCUGCAGUCCCUCCCGGAUAGAGAGGCUGGCCACUAGUAACAAUUUAUGUUGCGUUUUAAGACUCCUCUGAAAUUUCAACUGGUGCAAAGAACACGACAGCUAGACUUCCUGGAAGCAGGGUCAGUCAGAAUCACUUUCAGUUAUUUUAAAACAGUGUCAGUGGAUUCUGGUUCAUUUCUGGGGUCAGCUCAAAAGUGCUUAUUUUAACCUAUAAGCCCUGUUAGGUUUGGGACCUGGGUAUUGAAACAACAGUAACAACAACCUUAUUAUUAAUAUAACAACAACAACAACAACAAUUAUAAAUUAUUAAUAAUAAUAAUAAUAAUAAUAAUUUUAUUGUCAAUGUACAACCUGUGUUGUACAUAAAUGUAUUAUUGUUUGUGUACAAACACUCAAUCUCAUUGCACUCUGUGUGCUUGUCGCACAACACAGCAACCCCGAAAGUCAGUUGCACUAUAUUAUUUUCCGUUCAGCAGCCUAACAGCCCACAGAUAGUAACUGUUUUUUAGCCUGUUGGUACGACUGAUUAUACUUCUAUAUCUCCUGCCUGAGGGUAGAAGAUUAAAGAGGUGCUGGCCUGGAUGUGAAUUGUCCCUGAGAAUUUUUCUCGCUCUCCUAAGGCAAGGAUCCCUUGCGAUGUCAUCUAGCAGGCUCAGGGGAUAGCCCAUGAUAUCAUGUGCUGUGUUCACCACCCUCUGUAAAGACUUUCUGUCCUUGGCUGUCAAGCCAACGUACCACACUGUGAUACAAUAUGAGAGGACACUUUCUAUUGUGGACCAGUAGAAGGAGGUCAUCAAUUGUUGUUUAACGUUCUUUCAUAAGACCCUGAGGAAAUGGAGUCUCUGUUGGGCCUUCCUAACCACCUGAGUUAUAUUGUUUUUCCACCUUCACUAAGGUAAACUCCCAGGAAUUUAAAGGAAGAGACUCUCUCCACACAACCCCCCUGAUAUACAACGGGGCUAGUUCCCCUCUCUUCCUCCAAAAGUCCAACACCAUCUCCUUUGCCUUGCUAAUAUUUAGGUGCAAGUUAUUCUCUAGGCACCGUGUAGAUACUUUUUGAACCUCCCCCCGUACGCUAAUUCAUCUCUGGCUGUAGUUAGACACAUUAUGGUAGUAUCAUCUGCAAACUUAAUAAUUGCAGUAAAUGGAUCAGGUAAAUAUUGCCCACACAUUAAGAUGAUCCUCAAGACAUUCUCCUCCAGUUGCCUCUUCCUUUGCACAUAUGGUGGCUGGGAAAGAGCCUUAUGUAUUGAGAUAUUCCAACUUUGUAAUGUUGUCCCAGGAUGGCUCACCUGGUGCUUACCUGGUGCUUACCUUGCGUGAGUUCAGUUGCUGGGUUUAAACUAUUCUAGUUGUCAGGGUUUUUUUAAUUUAAAAAAAAUAGUCACAUUGACAUACUUCUUGCUGUUGCUCCUGCUGCUUUAUUGUGCCUUUAUUACUGAGUUAUUUGUAUUUUCAUUUUUUAAACUUAAUGCUUUCAGAGUUUUUUUUUAUUGAAAUGUGAGGCUUGAGUCAUUUUAAAUCAAAGAAUGUGGCAUGUCUUGAACUAUUCAAAGGGAGUCUAUAUCUCUUUUUUCCAGCUUGUUGGGGAGUCUGCAGGUGUUUGAUCUUCUGUUUUUGCUCUCUUCACAGAGAGGAGCACAUUGCUUCCCAAAUGGCCAAGAUGCCAGAGAUGAUUGCAAACUGGUUGCGGGAAAAGGAGGAGCGCAAGUCCAAAGAGCGUGAAGAGAAGGAGCGGCGGCAGAUGCUGCUGGCUGAAGCCCGUGAGCGCUUUGGUUACAACCUGGAUCACCGCAGUGCUCAGUUCCAAGAGAUGGUGCAAGAGAUGGAGAAGGCUAGAAAGAAGGAAGCCAAGCUGCAGAAGAAGCAGCGGAGAGAGGAGGCUCUGGCCAAAAAGGCAAUGCAAAGCGCACCUGUUGCCUCACUCCCAGACAAAGAAGGGGAGGUGGUUGCAACAGAGGCAUCACAUCAGGUCACAUAGUCUGUUGGGGCUCUGGACUGUGCAUUGAGUUAACCUGGUGCAGAGGCCCAGCAAGCACAUCUCUUGCAACCCUUGAUCCUGCCUGAAGGUCAUUUCCCAACUCUCUGACCACCGAUGAGAGAAUAUUCAGGUGUUCUCUCCCUAUCCCUCCAAAAUGAUCACCAAAAAUGGAUUUGGAGUAGCAAAUACCUUUGCUGCUAAUGCUUCUGAAUUCCUUGUUGAUGGAUCCUGAGGGUGAUGAUGUCAAACUUUGACUUAUAUCUUUCCAGUGCAGUAAACUACCCUCACUUACUAGCUGGCUGGUGUGUUGCAUGCAGUUACAGACAAAUAAUUGUACGUGGUAUUUUUAACCUUGGUUUUCUUAUAUUUUAAAUUUAACAGACUAAUAACAGGAGAAAGAGCCCCAAACCUGCCAAGCCCACCAUGUUGUCUAUUUAUGUUUGUAUUUUGCCCUUCCUUCAAAGAGCACAGAGUGUUAUCCUUGCAACAAAGCUGGAGAGGUGGGCCAACCUGUGGUUUCUUCCAAGGCCACUCAGUGACCUUCGUGGCUAGGCAGGGACUUGAAACUCUGGGUCUUUGUUUAAACCCAAUUCCAGCUCUUGUGCCACUCUGUGUUUUGAUUUGUUGCUGUGUGUCCACAGUUUGAAGGGAGGCAAGAAAGUUGGUACUUCUUAUGGGGCAAACGUGUCCUGCUACAAGCACACACAAGCUUCAGUUGUCAAUAGAACAAGUGAAGUUAGGGCUUCUCCCCAUCUUAUUGUAGCAGCUACUUUAAAUAGCACUUGUGUGCUUAUUUAUAGUACCAGAAUAUUCAUGAGCAACAAGUCACAGUGAUUUUCUUCUUCCUUCAGUGUCUAAAACCAUAAAGCAGGCAGCAUUAUUUGAACAUAUGAAUAGGUGAUGUGAAACAUCAUGUAUUUCUGACAGCCCCAGCUUGCAAAUGAGCACUAAUAAUUUAUUAACUGCCUUGUUUGCAUGUUUUGACACCCAGUCACUCCAGACCCCAAUAAACAGCUUGUGGGAUUUGACAUUAUCAGCUGGGCCCUGCAGUGCUAUGAACUAUCAUCAAAUGUGCAAACUUAAUGCGUUCGGCUUCAUUUUGUGUCGGGUAAGUCUUGUUUCAAAUAGGAUCUGUUUAGCUCCCGAGCUCUUGUUGCAGAGUCCGCAACUGUACUCAGUUUGCUAUGUUUCGACAGGCAAGGAGCAAAUCCCACUCGGAACUUUUCGGUCAGACCUCUGCUGAAACCAGGGACAAUUUACAUGAACAGCUGGGAAAGGACUGAUAUGACUGCAAACCUCUGUCUGCAGAGAAGCAGAGGGUGUAUUGUCAUGUACAACUAUACAGUGGUACCUCGGGUUACAUACACUUCAGGUUACAGACUCCACUAACCCAGAAAUAGUGCUUCAGGUUAAGAACUUUGCUUCAGGAUAAGAACAGAAAUCUGGCUCCGGCGGCACAGCAGCAGGAGGAGGCCCCGUUAGUUAAAGUGGUGCUUCAGGUUAAGAACAGACUUCCUGAAUGAAUUAAGUACUUAACCCGAGGUACCACUGUAGUAGUAGCAUCAACGGUAUCCUGUAAAAAGAGGCAGUAGGCUGCCCUCUCCAAAGUGUUUAGCUGGGAAGGUCUAUAUGUUGGUCCCUUUUCCACAAUGGAAAGGCCAAGAGAUGUUUGUAGCAUGGUGAUUGCUUCCCUCUAGUGGAACAAUUGUAGAUUCAGAUCUAUCAGACUUCCAUUUUCGAAACAGCCUUCAUUGGGAGCUGAUCCCAAAUGAAUGAACAGAAAGCAGGGGAAAUGAAAGUGAUACAGGCCUUUUAAAACUACAACCCUAGCAUGCUUAGCUAGAGUAAGUCUUAAAGAACUUGGAGGAAAUUCAGAAGAGGUUCUAAUUUUUUAAAAGUUUCUUCCUAAAAGUCCUUCAGAACUUUAUAGGACAGCUAGAAUUUAAAGGGGGGACAGGUGCACAUAAGAUUAUCUAAAAGCACGUGGAGGGACACAUACAUAUGUUCAGCUCUGUCUCAGUUUUUCCAUGAAAGAUUUGAGCCGCUCUUCCACAGUGAUCACCAUGUGGCCAUCCAUAUACAGUUGUGAAGUAACCUCUAGCAUUUUCUUCUUUAUGUCGACCAGUUAAGCUGCUCCUCCUUUUUGAGGCUGAUAAAACAAAUGCCUUACCCUUUAACCCUGGAUUUUUGUUAAAUUAAAGCAAAACACCUUAUAUAAAUUAUUUUUAUUUUACAUACAUUUGUCAGAAUGAAUUAAUCACCCAGUGCUGGCACCAAAAUUUCUACAUAAAGUUUUAAAUCCCAAACUAGGUUAAUAAUUAUUUUUUAAAAAAACAACAAAAAAAUCUCCCACCCUUCCCCAUCCAGUUAGUAGUAGCGACAGGAUUUUGUAUGUGUCUGUUUUUCCUUACUUGAGGUGCACUCAAGCUUAAGAAGCCGCGGCGAGCUUCUCUUGCUAGUGAUUCUUUUUUUGGUUAGCAUUUUGCUUCAGUUGACUCCUGUGUGAUGUCUCUACUUUUAGCAUAUUUUCAUUUUUUUAACGUCAACUCUCAAAACAACAUACAGCCCCCCCAACUGAGUGCCCAUAGUGAAAGGCCCAAGUCAUAGGCCCACCAGUGUUAACUUAUCUACACACGAUCAUGCAAGAUGUGGGAAGCAUCUUAACUGCAAUGUGCAUGUAAUUAAUGAAAAGCAGGAAGGCAAUGCAAAAAUUCUUGUAAGGAAAGGGAUGGCAAGAGAUGAAACAUUUGACCCACUCUUGCAGAUUAAAAGUUUAGUUACGUGUUCAGUUGCAAACUUUGCAGGGCUCUCUCAAGCACAAAUCCAACCUAUGCUCCUGUGAGUAUGGGACAGAGUUGGUCACGGAUCACAUGGGGAAUUUGGGGGAAGUGCCACGUUCUGGACUAAGGUACAGAUCACAAGCUUGCCCAAAGAGAAGGGACAGAGACACAUGUGCGUGCAUGGUUUUUUUAAAAAAAGGAACACUAUAUCCUGUUUCUAUGGAGCACAGCACAUAAGGCAGAGAACAGCUAAGGCAAGGCCUGUCGUUCUAGACGUUUACUCUGCAACACAGAUGAGGUAGAGUUAAUUUCAUGCCAGUUCUCUUAGCAUCUGCUCUAAAAGUCUCACAAGGAUGACACUGUUUGCAACCCUUCUUUUGUUCUUAGCAGCACCCCUGCAUUUUCCAUGCGAUUAGGGUAUGGUGAAAUAGUUUAGCUGCUGCUAUAGCAUAAGCUUCAAUACAUUCACAUUCUAUCUCAGGGGUGGGCCUGUGCUGUUCCAAGUUAGAACAAGGCUCCCUACCACAAAGCACAGGACUGUUCUUUAUCCAGUUAGUAGCAUUUUAGAACCAUUUAAUCGUUGAGUUGAAAGGGACCGCUGAAGCUCAUCUCAUCCAACCCCCUGCAAGGCAGGAAUCUCAGCUAAAGCAUCCAUGACAGAUGGCCACCCAACCUCUGCUUAAAAGCCCUCAAGGAAGGCGAGUGCACCACCUCUUGUGGGCGUCUGUUCCACUGUCAAACAGCUCUUACUGUCAGAAAGUUCUUCCUGAUAUUUAAUCAGAAUCUCCUUUUUGUAACUUGAAUCCAUUAGUUCAAGUCCCAUCCCUCCAGAGCAGGAGAAAAGGAGCUUGCUGUAUUGAGCCUCAAUCUUCCUUAACCGGGCUCAUAAAUUGGGGUGUGCAGGUGCCCAAUCUUUUAUAAGUACAUAAAAGCAACCUGCAGGAUCAGGCCAGUGAUCCAGGAUCCUGUUCCCACAGUGGCCAAUCGGAUGCCUGUAGGAAACCCGCAAGCAGAAUUCAAGCACAAAAACACACUCCCCUCCUGUUAGUGAUGUGUUGCUACGUUUGAUUUAAUGCAUUCUCUCCAUGAAAGUAGGAGUGGAGCCAAUGAGAGUAGCAAGAGAGUAAGUUAGCAUGCCACUGCUUCCCUCCAUAGCAAAGAAUUUUCCACAAGAUCAGUCUGUAGAUGAAUGGUGACCAUGCAAAGAGGGUGCAUGAAGCUGUUGCCACUUUUAUGCUCUGCCUCCACGCAUGCAAAUUUAUUUUUUAAAAAAUAUUUUACCACGUGUGCUCAUGAUAUGAGCAACACUAAAUCAUGUGGAUCUAAUACUGAUCCUCUCACAUGGGUUUAACACACAUCUCUAAUAAGCAACCCUGAGUAAAAAGUAUGGCAGAAGAGUUCUGGGUAGACAGGGUUACCAAUGCAGAUGUGAUCUGCCCCCUUCUACAGAACCAAUAAGUGCUACCUACCAUAGAAAAAAUAAGAAUGCAAAGUGGUUGCGUUCUUAUUCCCCAUCUCGGUGAAUCCGUAGAACUCGUUACUAGAGGCCAAUUCAAUAACCACAUUGAAAGGAAGACAAUUUCAGAUGGUACGCCCAUCAGCUGCCUUUAACCAGGAUGAUCAGCAAUGAACAUAAACACAUGGGCAGCAGUGAAAUUUAAAUGAUAGAAGAGAUCGCAUUGCCCCGCAGCUGUUUCCAAAGUAUCACAGUCCAGUUAUUACUCAGAGGUGGUUUCACUUAAAAUAUUUACCCACCCUCGUGUAGGACAUGAAGGACUGGCUGUUACCCUGCUUCAAAAAACUGCUAAAAAUCACCUCCUUAUUCCUUUCCAACAUUUGAAAACUUUGUCCUUAAAUGGAGAACGAUCAUAUCAGUACCAAAAAGUUGUUUGCACUUUUGAAAACGAGAAGGCCACAGCAGAAUGUUGAGAUAAACCCAGUUUCUAGCCAAAGCUGGAAGUCUUUGCUAGGUGACUUAAACUUUCAGGUUCAACACCAAUGUGAAAUGAAAGGCCACCGGAUGCAGGCUCCAGGGUGCUGUGGCUUGCUGAGUUAAAGAUCAGGGACCAAGAAGGAAAGGGGAUUAGGAUUUGCCAACGAAACAGGAGAUAGUAAACCAAAAAAAGGAAGGUGGAGAGUACUACACCUUCAGGUUAUUUCCAAGUCUUGAUUUGAUUGUUGGAGGAGGGGGGAGACAUUAACCUUCAUUUGUAGGACCUUGAGAGAGGAGGCUGAUUAACGAAGAUGAGGUCCUCCUUUCAGCUUCAUUGAUUAGCAAGCAAUUAUUUCCCCAGCUACUUCCUGGUCUUGGAAGUCAAAAUUCUGAUGGGUAAAGCCUUGUCCAUUCCCACACACCAAGUAUCAAGCACUAGAUUGGUAGCCAAGCAGCACAACAGGUGACGACAACACAUUCCUUCCAAACACACCCACCCGAGGAAGGAGGGAUCAUCCCAAGACCUUGUACUUUGGCAGGUUCCCUCUUUGGUCUAGGUGCUCCUGAGAGCAACAGUUCACCUCCUCUUUCGAGAAAGAAGGCAGGAAACACACCAUUCCCUAGGAAGGGCUGUCUCCAACUGCACCAUUUUCUUCCUGGCAGGCCUUGAGUUUGGACAAUACAGCAUGUAUCCGGAAGAGAGUGCGUGACUCCAUUGAAUAAUUCUUGUAGUUGUUCCUGUAGGAAGAGGCAACCAGCAGGUGUUAUAUCCUGGGAUGUGUCUAUUCUACUCAUUGUAUUUAACAGCAUCCCAAGGUAUGUGCAUCUCAGUAGCCAACCAAUGAAAUGAUGGUAAUUUGGAUUAGGGAUCAUAUGGGAUCAAAGAUCUGGCUCAGUACAAAGCAGCUUCAUGUUACUAGUUCUAAGAUCUUAUUGCCCAGAAUGCAGUUUCAAUGGUUGGAUUGGAGGAAAGGAUGAGUGGCUGAACUGGCAACCUUUAUUCCUUAACCUCCAUGGGGUUAAUAAAUCUUACAGGAUUCCAUAUACAGGUGAAACUCAAAAAAUUAGAAUAUCGUGGAAAAGUUCAUUUAUUUCAGUAAUUCAACUUAAAAGGUGAAACUAAUAUACGAGAUAGAUUCAUGACAUGCAAAGUGAGAUAUGUCAAGCCUUUAUUUGUUAUACAGUGAUACCUCAGGUUAAGAACUUAAUUCGUUUGGAGGUCCGUUCUUAACCUGAAACUGGUUCUUAACCUGAAGCACCACUUUAGCUAAUGGGGCCUCCUGCUGCUGCUGCUGCUGCACCACCGGAGCACAAUUUCUGUUCUCAUCCUGAAGCAAAGUUCUUAACCUGAAGCACUAUUUCUCGGUUAGCAGAGUCUGUAAUCUGAGGUGUCUGUAACCUGAAGUGUAUGUAACCCGAGGUACCACUGUAGUUGUGAUGAUUAUGGCAUACAGCUGAUGAAAACCCCAAAUUAACAAUCUCAGAAAAUUAGAAUAUUGUGAAAAGGUGCAGUAGCUAUUCAAUCCACGAUAUUCUAAUUUUUCGAGUUUCACCUGUACAUUACAGGGUAGCAAGAGCUUCCGAGGAAGCUUUUGCUCUCUUUCUUAAAGCCAAGCAUUGUGGAAUAAACCGGGGGCUCACUUACUUCGCCCGACGAAGCAGCUGCACAGCCUCUUCAUUACGACCUUGUGCCACAUAGAGGAGACUCAACUCCAGCAGUGCAUUGGGUACCAAGUAGUGAUCAUACCGGAUCCUCUUCUCACUGCAGACAAGGAGGCAAACAUGUGCAUGAAAAGUGGCUGGGUUUAGGGCAAAGGUCUACUUGGUCUUGAUUUGUUUUAUUUAUUGAAUUUAUAUACCGCCCUAUACCCAGAUGUCUCGGGGUGGUUCACAGAAUAAAAUCAAGAUAUAAAACCACAAAAUACAUAAUAAAAAUAAAAACAAUACCCCCCCAAAAAAAGACAAUUUUAAAAGGGCAUGGGAUGUAAAUCAGUCCAACCCAAGGCCAGGUUAAAAAGGAACGUUUUUGCCUGGCGCCUAAAGGUGUAUAAUGAAGGCGCCAGGAGAACUUCCCUGGGGAAGCCACUGCAGAGAAGGCCCCGUUCUCGUGUUGCCAACCUCCCGACCUCUCAAGGAGGAGGCACCCGAAGGAAGGCCUCAUAAGAUGAUAUCAGGGUCUGGGUAGGUGGAUAUGGAAAGAGGUAUUGGAAUGGAAUGAACAUAUAUGAAUUAAUAAGAGGUGGAACACAAAUGGGAACCAGAUUGUUGUGUUUGCAGAGGAUUGUAGGUAGAAUGGGAAGCAACUUACUCCUUGAGGAGCAUCUAAUUACUUUCAGCCAUCUAAAAAGUGAGGCCUUAAGAGAGGAGGCCUGAAGCCCUUUUUCUGUGCCAGGCAGAAUGAUCCUUACUUUGGGGAAAGCCCAGCUCAUUAAAGAAAAACCCAUAUUCUCCUCCAAAUGGACUGGAAACUCUUGGGAAUCUCACCUGCCGUGGACAGCACUGAAGCAAGCCUCUGCUUCAGCCGAACUGUGCAAGUGCUUCAGGACCAGGCCUUUGAGAAGAAGCACCAGACACCGGUCGUCCACCUGGUGCUCACUGGCUGAAGGUAAUGAGGAAGAAUAGGAAGAAAAACAGCAAAAAGAGAGGUGAACCAGUCUAAGCAGUUGCUGCCCCCAACUCCACACUUGAGGAGCAGUUGGCAGUUCAUAUGCAUUCAGAUUAUUGGUCAGCAAACACUUCCUUUUUUCUCAACCCUACAACUAGGAAGGAAAACUCAGUGUUUCCCCGCUUACAUAAAUUUCCCUGCCUCGUUUACUUGUGAGCCAGAACAGACACUUUGUAAAAAAACAGGCCAAAAAAGGAAGGCUCCAAAUAUUAUUUCCCAGGAUCAAGGAAUCGUAACUUUGAAGUCCAGUACAAAAUAUUGUGACCUUGCCUUCUCAUGGUUUCAGAGAAAUUCUGCCAAGUUUCUGACAAGGAUUUGAAAACUAAAAGAGGUUAUCAAGAUUUCCCAAACUUUUAGCGUGUCAUUUCGUCCCCGCAAUCAGUUGGACUGGUGCAGUAAAGAAAAAGCAAUUUAUAUAUGUUGUAUAUAUAACAUUGUGCCACCAGGGGGCAAUGUCGAGUCCUGUUUUUCUCUGCCUGUUUUCCCUGUUUUAAAUUUAGUAAAGGUAAAAGGACUCCUGACCGUUAAGUCCGGUCGCAGACGACUGUGAAACUGAAAAGCUUCUUUGAUCCAGUCCCUGUCUACCUUGCCCCCAAAUCCUAUUACAGUGGUACCUCGGGUUAAGUACUUAAUUCGUUCCGGAGGUCCGUUCUUGACCUGAAACUGUUCUUAACCUGAAGCACUACUUUAGCUAAUGGGGCCUCAUCCUGAAGCAAAGUUCUUAACCCGAGGUAAUAUUUCUGGGUUAGCGGAGUCUGUAACCUGAAGCGUAUGUAACCCGAGGUACCACUGUACUACUUAUAUUAUUUACUUCUCUAAAUAUUGUGCCUAGCUAUUAGGAUAUGCAACUUCUAUUUUUUGCAUGUAUUCCAGAAAAUAAUUUGCUAUUCUAGCAACUCUGCAUGCCCACCUGCACAUUGCCACUUUCGUGAAACCAGUGUGUUACCUGGUGCUUUCUGUAGCAGCUUCUCAGCCUGUGUCAGAGUCUCUAGAGUCCCCUUGAGCAGUUCCUGGCGCUUGCCCAGGACAGUGAAUCCAUUCCACAUAUACAUCAUCUCCUGGGAGGGAAAAGCACAGGUAGGCCUUGGUUAUGAUAGCAGGAAUUUGGGACGGAGGUGGGGAGAGGGGAGAGACAGAGGCCGCAGCAACUCCUUCCUCAUCAAACAAUUUUUGCCAUCCGAGGGGAAGCAGACAGAAGCUUCUUGCCUCUUGAGACUCGUACAUGCAUCUCUUGUGUGCAACUAGAUGCACACAAAUGGACGGGUGUGGGAGGACACAAUGUUCCUCGGAUGUGAGAGCGUAGCAAAUAUGUUUUCCGCAUCAGGAUUUAUGAGAGGAAAAUGCACACCUCUUUCUUUUCAUUUCUACGUGCGGCCCCUGGACCAAUUUAAAACUAACAAUGAGAUGCACAGCUUGCAGAUUUAACAUAUAGAAUAAGAAGAAUGCACAUUUAAAGAAGACUGAAAAAUGUUUACUGAGUACAUGGGUGAAAAUUGUGUUCAUUUAAAAUGCUGGUAGCAUUAAGAUAAAUUCAACAGUGUAAAUAAGAUUUGAUGGAUGUAACAUUGGAUUACUGAAUGGUUUAGUUCAUGUAAAAUAUGCAGGGAUGUAUGGUAUGCAAAUUGAACAACGGAAAGAGAAGAAGGGAAGUCAUUGAUUUAAGGUUGUUUAAAUGAAUAUCUUGAAAUGUAAUUUAGAAAAUUUAAUAAUAUAUAUAU